AUUAAGUAAUCUUAAAUAAAGUAAAAAAUGAAUAAGUAUAAAGUUAAGGUCGGAAUAAUUGGUGGUUCAGGAUUAGAUGAUACUCAAAAUCAGAUAUUACAAUGUGAACUCGUAACAAGUCGAGAAAAAGCCAAAAAUGAAUUUGGAUUACCAUCUAGUGAUCUUUACCAUGGAAAACUUAAUGGUGUAGAUGUGGUAUUGUUAUCAAGGCAUGGACCAGGUCAUAAUAUAAGUCCCACUACAGUAAAUUAUCGUGCAAAUAUUGAAGCUUUUCGCUUAGCUAAAUGUACUCAUAUACUUGCAUCAACAGCGUGUGGCUCUUUACAAGAAUGUAUUUGUAGAGGUCAAUUAGUAGUUCCAGAUAGUUUUAUAGAUAGAACAGUGAAAAGAAGUACAACUUUUUAUGAUGGUACUUCAUCCAAAUAUUCUGGAGUAUGCCAUAUGCCAAUGGAACCUGCUUUUGAUCCAACUACUUCUCAAAUAUUGUUUGAAAGUGGUAAUAAAUUAGGGUAUGAAAUAAGAAAAGGAGGAAUUGUUGUAACUAUAGAAGGGCCUAGAUUUUCCUCAAAAGCUGAAAGUAAUGCACUACGCUUAUGGGGUGGGCAUUUAGUUAAUAUGACUACAUGUCCAGAGGUAUAUUUAGCAAAAGAAGCAGGACUUUUAUAUGCAGCUAUAGCAAUGGCAACUGAUUAUGACUGCUGGAGAGAUUGUGAGGAUAAUGUUCAUGCAGCUGAAGUCAUAAAAGUGUUUAAACAAAAUGUCAAUAAAAUUAAAAAUAUCCUUAUAAAAGCAGUUAAACUUAUCGAUGGAAGAAAUUGGGACCAGGAAAUUGAUGCUUUACAAAAAUUAUGUCAAAGUAGUAACGUUUCUUCUCAUACUUCAUGA